UUUGCCAGGGAAUCAGCUUGCUGAUUGGCCUCCCUUCUUACAUGUAAUGUUUACAGCUGGAACAGUAACAUCAACAUCAACCAUGGAAUCUGCGGUGUCUCACUUGAUAUCGCACCCUGAGGUCUUCAGAAAGGCAAGGGAAGAAAUUGAUGCAAAUAUUGGACAAAGCAAACUACUUCAUGACGCGGAUCUCGGUAAGCUUCCAUAUCUUCAUUGCAUAAUCAAUGAAACACUUAGGUUAGGUUCGACAGGGCCAAUAAUUCCCCCUCACGAGUCGUCAAAGGAAUGCACGGUCGGAGGUUACAAUAUCCCACAAGGUACAAUGUUAUUGGUCAAUGCAUUUGCGUUGUAUAAUGAUACCAAGUUGUGGGAGGACCCUGAUAUGUUCAAGCCUGAGAGAUUUCAAGGUAGCGGGUGGGAGGGAGAAAGGGGAGGGUAUAAAUUCAUACCGUUUGGUUUAGGAAGAAGGCAAUGCCCCGGAGAAGGGUUGGCCAUGAGGCUCAUGGCUUUAACACUGGGGACCUUGAUUCAGUGCUUUGAGUGGGGGAAGGCAGGUGAGGAUCGUCAGGCCAAUCGUGUAGCAGCCAACGCGCACAAGACAGAGGAUGUGGCUUUAAAGGUCAUAUUUCGACCCCGUGAAACUCUAGCACCGAGCGUUCUUUCUCAACUCUGACUGAUUUACAGAGUCACAGUUUGCAUUUGUUUAAUAAUUAUUCACUGUAAUCAUAAGAAAACAGAUAGUACUUAAAAAAGAAUAACCAUAAUAUACAUAAGAGCCGAGAAAUUCUUUUUUUAUUGUACCUUUAAUGUUGCACAUCAAUAUUAUUGAGGCAUUUUUAGCCUGUUACUAAGGA